AUGGCUAAGGAGCUCGGACCGGAAAUUGAACUAGUAAUGAAUGACGGAAAUCGGAAGUGCGAAAGGAUGGACGAUCCGUCGUUAAUGCCUGAUCUCUCACAUCUGUCCGCCGAAGAACGAGAGAUAAUUGAACAAGUGUUCAAGCGUCAGAAAGAUGAAGAAGCCAAGGAGGUUCAGCUUACGCAGUAA